GCUUGACGACGCGAUUCUGUGGCCACCAGUAUGGCAACGGAUUCGAACGACCACGGUAGUGUGUGAGGGCUGACGUUCUUCAGCAGUGGUGCAACUGAAAUAAAUUGAAAAAAACAUAAGCAUCGGGUGCAUUGGUUAUUGGGUGUGUGUUGGGCUUUCUAUGUCGCGGUUAGUUGGUUAGUGAUGCGUGCAUAUCUAUCGUUCCGAAAGAAUCAUGGAACACGUUUGGUUCUGCUGCACUCUGCUCGUAGUGCUCGUGAGUGGUCAAAUCAGUGAUCUUCGUUAUACAGAGACGAGCAAUGAUAAUCUGUCCGAGGCGAUCCAGUUUUUGCGUGAAUAUGAUCGCGAGGCGGCGGAAAUGUGCAACCGGGUGGCGAAUGCGGAAUGGCGCUUUUCCACCAACGCUACAGAGUACAACAAGCGCCGAAUGCGCGAGCAGCAAAAUUUGGCCUCAAAGCUCGAGUGCAUUAGCUGGCGGAGGGCCGUAUCCUUCGAUUCGUCGCGCAUAAUCGACACCAGCAUUCGGAGGCAGCUUGGUCGAAUCGUGCAGCAGGGCAGAUGCGGUCUGGGCGAUACCAAGUACGCUGAGCUGCAGCACGUGUUGAUGCUGCUGAAGGAUAACUACAACGGCGCGAAAGUGUGCCCGUUUCGACGCGGUGGAUCGGAAGCAACCGAUCUGGGAACGUUUUCUUCGGCGGGCGGCGGUGUGGGCUAUCCGAGCUCGAACUAUGUGUCGGCGUACACGGGGUAUUGCGAUCUGAAGAUUAACUCCGAUUUGACGCGCAUUAUGGAGACGAGCCGUUCGGAGCCGGAGCUACGAUACUACUGGGUGGCGUGGCGUGAAAAGACGGGACCGCCCGUUAGGAACACCUUCAUGCGGUACCUUAACCUCGCGAACCAGGCAGCCGAGCAGCACGGAUUCCACGAUGCGGGAGAGCAGAUGCGCUCGGUGUACGAGGAUGGGGACUUUUUCUUCACCGUCAAUGAUCUCUGGGGACAGCUGCAGCCACUGUACAAGCAGCUGUUCACGUUCGUCCGCAAGGGGUUGAUCCGUCAGUACGGGGAGCACGUGAUCCGACGGGACGGUCCACUGCCCGCCCAUCUGCUCGGUAACAUGUGGGGUCAAAAUUGGCGCCACAUCAUGGACAUCAUCAAGCCGGGACCGCCCGAAACACCGGACGUGUCGGGCGAGAUGGUGCGCCAGGGCUACACGCCGAUGAAAAUAUUCCAAACGGCGGAAGAGUUCUUUACCUCCAUCGGGCUGUCACCGAUGGCGCCGGAGUUUUGGCGCAAUUCCGUGCUGCAGAAACCGAACGACGGUAGCGGGCAGUGCAGUGCUUCGGCCUGGGAUUUCUGCAACAAGGUGGACUUUCGCAUCAAACAGUGCACGCAGGUGUCGUUGGACGAUUUCAUCGGAGCUCACCAUGAGAUGACGCACAUUCAGUACUACAUGCAGUACGCCGGCCAACCGUACCUGUACCGGGAGGGACCGAAUCCUGCGUUUCACGAAGCGCUGGCCAAUGCGAUUACGCUGAGUGUCGGCGGGCCGGCGCAUUUGCAGAAGAUCGGGCUGCUUAACAGCCCGGUCACGGUGGCGAACGGGAACAGUAUGGUUAAUAUCGAGUAUCUGUUGAACCUGGCGCUGGAUAAGCUCCCUUUUAUGGCGUUCAGUUUGGCACUGGAAAAGUGGCGUUGGUACGUGUUCGAAAAGGGCCCGGUCGGUAUGAAUGCACGCUGGUGGGAGCUACGGUUGCGCUACCAGGGAGUAAUACCUCCAACGGGGCGUGGAUUCGAACACUUUGAUGCUGGGGCAAAGUAUCACGUGAUAUCUGAUCAGGACUACAUCAAGUAUUUCGUGGCGACCGUGCUGCAGUUUCAGAUAUACUCCGAGCUUUGCCAAGCGGCACAACAUUUCGGGCCGCUUCACACGUGCGAUAUCUAUCGAUCACGUGAAGCAGGUCGAAUUUUAAGCGAUGUUAUGCAACAAGGUGCGUCCCUAUCAUCGGCUCAACUGAUAAAACUGCUAACACGUGGGAAAUCGUCGCGGCUGUCCGUGGAUCCAUUGUUGGAGUUCUUCCGUCCACUGGAAGCAUGGUUGGAAGCACAGAAUCGCGAUGAGCAGAUAAUUGGUUGGAGUUCUACGAUGGAAGAUGUGGCACUAUUUCAACCUUUGUUGGGGAGAAACGGACAAAGCGUAAACGCCUCUAGCUUCACGUUGAUGCUUCUGCUCGGAUUGAUAACGCGGGGACUUGUUUUACACAUUAGCAACAUAACAUAAAUCAAGCUUAAAGCAAGUUCACAUAAUGUGAUCGGUUGUAGAAUAAAUUGUAAAUAAUACCUCUUUA